GCCCUCCUGCACAGCCCGUAGCGAGCUGCGCCGGGCCGGGGUCGGGGCCGGAGUCCCGGGGGGGGAGCCCCCGGCCCCACCCCCAACCCCACCCCCGCCCCCGGCCCCGGCCCCGAGCGCGGCCCCGGCGGGGCGGGGACAGGCCCGGCCCCGCCCCUCCCGCCCAUCCCCGCCUCACGGGCCGGAAGGGGCGGGGUCGGGCGUGACGUGGCGGGAUGGCGGAGUCCUACGUGAAGCCGGGGAACCAGGAGCGCGGCUGGAACGACCCCCCCCAGUUCUCGUACGGGCUGCAAGCGCAAGCCGGGGGCUCCCGCCGGACCCCGCUCACCCGCCGGGCCCCCGCUCCGCCCGCGGGGGCACCCCCAGGUCAGCACCGUGGAGCCGCCACAGCUCCUCUCCCUGCCCGGCCAGGCCCGGCCCCGCAGCCGCGGUGCUGGGGGCUGCGGGGCCGGGGCUCGCUGCCAGCCGGGUCCGAGCUGACGGGCUCGGCGCCUCUGCCCUUGGGGCCGCCCCCGCAGGGCUCUGCCGGCGCUGCCCCGCGGGCCGAGGGCCGGCCGAGCGCGGCGUGCCCGGAGCAGGAGGAGUGCAGCGUGUCCGCCGACACCGUCCUUGUCCCGCUGCGGGCAGCCCUGGACGCCUGCCGGGCCACGGUGCAGAAACAAGUGUGCAAUGACAUCGGGCGGCGGCUGACAGUGCUGGAGGACGCGUGGGCUCAGGGGAAGCUGUCGGCACCAGUGAGGAAGAGGAUGAGCCUCCUGGUACAAGAGCUUCAGCAGCAGCACUGGGAUGCGGCUGAUGAGAUCCACCGCUCGCUCAUGGUGGACCACGUGAACGAGGUGAGCCAGUGGAUGGUGGGCGUCAAGCGCCUCAUCGCUGAGACGCGGGACCUGCCCACCGCAGAGACGGACGGCAGCGCUGACACCGAGCCCGCGACUGAGCCUGUGACUGAAUCCACGUCCGAGCUGGAGCAGGAGGAGCCCUGACACCAGGGACGGGGCUGUGGACUGUGAGCGGGGCAGCUCCUACCCAGGGCCCCCGGCAGGAACAGGGCCCCUGCUGCUGGAGGGAGUCUGGGCACCCCCGCUGCCUCCCAAUCCUCAUCCAGGAAAAGGGGAUUUUAAUCAUUGCGACAUUUUAGUGGCGAUUCAUUAUGUUUAAUAAACAGCACCAACCUGCCCCCUC